CAAAAGAUCAACCAUCCUCGUCAUGCGCGAGCUCAUGCUUCAGCUGUACCACGUCCCGCCGGCCGCGCUGGCGAAGCUCGUCGCCUUGGGCCUGGACCGGAUCGAGCUCGGUUCGUCGGCGCUCCGGCUCGAUGGCAGCACCUUGGCGGACGCAUGCGCACUCCUGGACGGCGCCACAUCCAAGCGCCUGCGCAACGGAUGGUGUGCUGUCUUCGAGUCGACUUGCAACGGCGUCACAGUGGCAACAACUACGAACUGGCCAUGCGCCCACGACGGUGGGAACAGUGCAUGCGUCCACGACGGCGUCGCACACAUUGGCCCUCGUCCGCAUGCACUGACGCACGACACAUACGUGGCGCUCGUUGAGACGCUGCAUCUCUCCAUCAUAUAUACCUUUCGCGAGGUCCCUGACGGCGCUCUGCGCGGAUCGACAGUCCCCCGGCCGCUUGCGAUCUUGGCAGCCGAGCAUGCAAAAGUAAAGGCAGAAGUCAAAGCCGAGGCGGUGACGAGCCAUGCAUCACCGACACGAGACGUUCCGCCCUUUCUUACACCCAAGGACGAACCGAAAAGAAUCUAGGCCAGAGGAGCUCAAGGAUAGCUCGGAAACUGCGAGCGGUACUUUACUCCAAGUAAGGCUUCUUUGAAGACGCCCCAGGGACCAUCCAUUGCAGUCCCUACCCCAUUUCUAUACUCUUUCAUCAGAUGAUCGCCGUCUCGCUUGGUCAACGACGACUAACGAACUAACGAACUGACGCCGACGGUCAACACCAGACGUACACGUUGUCGUACUGUCCCACAAUCCUACUGCUCGAUCCAGCAACUCGAACGCGCCACGAAUGUACUAACUUGGAUCAUCCAAUUUGGUCAUAGUAAAUAUCAAUUUCAGUGCAACUUGCCC